AUUGGCGAUCAGACGGAACUUUUGUGCGGUGAAUUUAAGUGUUUUACAGUUUUGUGAUUAGUAUUUUAUUAGUUUUGUUGAGUGCUAUAUUUUACCCCUCAAGAUGGUUCUAAAGCCAAACAAGAUGUAUGUCUUCAAGCGUGAUGGCCGGAAGGAGGAAGUGCAUCUGGACAAAAUCACGUCAAGGAUACAGAAGCUUUGCUAUGGGCUGAACAUGGAUUUCGUCGAUCCGGUUGCUAUAACAUUGCGUGUAAUCAAUGGGCUCUACUCAGGUGUAACGACGCAGGAGCUUGACAAUCUAGCCGCCGAAACGGCAGCCACCCUAACGACUGAUCAUGCCGACUACGCGAUUUUGGCUGCUCGGCUGGCCGUUUCCAACCUGCACAAGGAAACAAAGAAACAAUUUUCUGAGGUUAUGCAUGAUCUGUACAUGAUGGAGAACGAGUUUCUGAAAACGAAAUCUCCCAUGAUCUCGGACUUUCAUUACAAGGUGAUAAUGGAUAACGCCGACCGGCUGAACUCGGCCAUCAUUUACGAUCGCGACUUCGGGUACAACUAUUUCGGCUUUAAAACCUUGGAACGAUCAUACUUGCUGAAGAUCAAGGGAAAAAUCGUCGAGCGCCCCCAGCACAUGCUGAUGCGCGUUGCUAUUGGCAUCCAUGGCGAGGACAUCGAUGCAGCAAUCGAGACCUACAAUCUGCUGUCCGAGCGUUACUUUACCCACGCCUCGCCAACUAUGUUUGCGGCGGCCACGCAGCGUCCCCAGCUUUCGUCCUGCUUCCUGUUGACCAUGUCCGAAGAUAGCAUUGAGGGCAUCUACGACACGCUGAAGCAGUGUGCCCUAAUUUCAAAGUCGGCCGGUGGCAUCGGACUGAACGUGCACUGUAUCCGCGCGAAGGGAACGUACAUCUCCGGUACGAACGGGAUUUCGAACGGUCUGGUGCCGAUGCUGCGCGUCUACAACAAUACGGCACGGUACGUCGAUCAGGGUGGCAACAAGCGGCCUGGAGCAUUCGCCAUCUAUCUCGAGCCGUGGCAUGGCGAUAUAUUCGAGUUUCUCGAUCUGAAGAAAAACACCGGCAAGGAGGAGGUCCGCGCACGGGACAUGUUUUACGCACUGUGGAUACCGGACCUGUUCAUGCAGCGUGUGGAGGCGAACGAAAUGUGGAGCCUGAUGUGCCCGCACGAUUGUCCCGGGCUAUCGGACACCUGGGGCGAAGAGUUCGAGAAGCUGUACACGGGGUACGAGAAAGAGGGUCGCUUUAUGCGGCAGGUGAAGGCGCAGGAUCUGUGGUUUGCGAUCAUCGAAUCGCAGGUGGAAACCGGCGUACCGUACAUGCUGUACAAGGAUGCUUGCAAUCGUAAAAGUAACCAGCAGAAUAUCGGCACCAUCAAAUGUUCCAACUUGUGCACUGAGAUUGUGGAGUACUCGUCGAAGGAUGAGGUAGCGGUAUGCAAUCUGGCCUCGAUCGCCUUGAACAUGUUUGUAAAGCAAGACAAAACGUAUGACUUUGCAAAGCUGAAGGAAGUUGCUAAGACAGUAACGCGCAAUCUGAACAAAAUCAUUGAUGUCAAUUACUAUCCCGUGCCGGAGGCUAAGCGCUCCAAUAUGCGCCACAGGCCGAUCGGGAUCGGCGUGCAGGGCAUGGCCGAUGCGUUCAUCCUGAUGCGCUAUCCGUACGAAAGCGAAGAGGCUCAAAAGCUAAAUCAGCAAAUAUUCGAAACCAUCUACUACGGCGCGCUGGAAGCGAGCUGUGAGUUGGCCGCUCGAGAUGGUCCGUACGAGACGUACGAGGGCAGUCCGGUGAGCAAGGGCAUUCUGCAGUACGAGAUGUGGAACAAGGAACCGACGGAUCUGUGGAACUGGGCCGAGUUGAAGGAAAAGAUCGCCAAGCACGGUAUCCGGAAUUCGCUGCUGUUGGCCCCGAUGCCGACGGCUUCCACGGCACAAAUUCUCGGCAACAAUGAAUCGUUCGAGCCGUACACGUCGAACGUUUACAAUAGGCGCGUGCUGUCGGGUGAGUUCCAGGUGGUGAACCAUCAUCUUCUGCAGGAUUUGACCAACAUGGGUCUGUGGGAUCUCGACAUGAAGAACGAAAUUCUGUCCAACAAUGGAUCGAUCCAAAAGAUUGCGGCUAUACCGCAGGAAAUUCGCGACCUGUACAAAACGGUAUGGGAGAUCUCGGUGAAAACGUGCAUCAAAAUGGCCGCAGAUCGUGGCGCGUUUAUCGAUCAGUCGCAAUCGUUCAACAUUCACGUCGCGGAGCCAAACUAUGGCAAGCUAACGUCGAUCCAUUUCUACGGCUGGAAGAUGGGGUUGAAAACUGGCAUGUACUAUCUACGAACCAAGCCGGCCGUAAAUGCGAUCCAGUUUACGGUGGACAAGACGAAGCUGCAAAACGGUAACGAGUCGAACGUCAGUCGCAUGUCGAAUGGUGUGGGCGAAGGUACGCCACCGCGGGCCGGGCAGAUGCGUCGUUCGAUGCUGAACGGAAGUACCAGUACGCCAAUGCGGGGUGGCGAACACCACGACUCUAAUGGAGCAUCGGAACAGCAGCAGCAGCAGCAAACGCAAGAGAAUGGUUCAUUUGCGGAAAGAAACCGUAGAAUGGCGGAGAUGGUAUGCUCGCUGGAAAACAAAGACGAGUGCAUGAUGUGUGGAUCGUAGGUGGGAAGUGUAACACUUAUUUAUGAUAAGAUUUGCUGUCAUCCAUUUUUAUGUCUUAUUCGCACAUUAUGUGUUCUUUUUUUUGUUAAGUUAAGAGCUAGAUAAAUGGUUUAAAAUAAACUUACAACUUUUCUGAUAUGCAUUAUUAUA